UGGGGUGGCCACCAAGAGCCAGGCAGCUAGGCAAUUUCAGCGGCCCUCAGCAGAGAUGUCCAGCAAGGUGGCCAUUGGCAGUGACAUCGGACAGGCCCGCCGGGCAGUGGAGCAGCUAAGGAUGGAGGCGGGCAUCAACCGCGUGAAGGUAUCCAGGGCAGCCAUGGACCUGCUGCAGUUCUGUACGGAGCAGGCCAAGAGUGACCCCUUCCUCGUGGGCAUUCCGGCUGCCACCAACCCCUUCAAGGAGAAGAAGCCCUGCGCCAUCCUGUGACCUCACAUCCUACCCCAUGGCCCCGGCAGCCCAGGGGCCUCAAUAAACAUGAGGUGACUGCGCCUUGGGGUACAGCUUUGCUGGGCUGAGAUGGGGGCUUGGGGACUGUGGGCUUGCAGGGGUCAGGUGCACAGCUUCCCUCCCCCACCACCUCUAGAGUCACUGCCGCAGCGCACACACCCCGGAGCUGCGAGGGAGGAGGUGGUACCCCUUCACCUGCCAUGUCCUAAGGAUGGCUGAGCAGAUGCCUGCUCCCACCACACGGACACACCUCUAAGGUUCAAGUCCCCACCCACACACCCUAAUGGCCACACACACAGGUACAUCAACGACACAGGCGCAGGUCCUCAGGUUCCCUCGUACACACACAGCAGUGGCCCACGUGUGCACCCCAGCCCUGGUGGGCACCUCUCCCAUCUGUCACAUGCAGCCACAGGCUCCCAGCCCCAGGCAGGGACGGAGAUUCGGCUGCCUGGGCACACAGCCAGGCCGGAGCAUCUGUGCAGGACGUCAGGUUUAUUCUCCUUCACUCUUGACACAGCGUGGUGUCCAAAUCAUAACCAAACCAGGACUCGAGCAUGGGGAGCAGCCCCCUCCCUGGGUCAGAACCACGUCAUCUCCACAGGCACGGGGCCCAGCCUUGGCCAAGGCCGGGCCUCCGAGUACCCCAGGCAUGUGGGACGGGGGCAGAGUCAGCACCAAUGGGGGGAAGGUUCCCCAAGAAUGGAGGCCGGGGCUCAGCCUGCCGGCUGGCAGUGCACAACACACACGCACGUCUACUUGCUCAUGCCUGAAACCUCCAGACCUCCAGCGACAGGCCCCCCGAGGCGGCCACCACCACGUUGCCCUCGGCGCAGAUCUGGAGGACAGGGACAGAGGAGUCAGCGGAGGGUCCUUUGGGCAGGCUGGACAGGGUGCAUGGGGCAGGACCUUACCCCAUUCAGUACAUUGUGGUGGCUUCGGGUACAAAUGGUCCUUGGUGGGUCUGUGGGCACGUGGACCUGUGAAGGGCAAUGGACACAGGUCAGGAGAUGUGCUGCUGGCCAGUGGGGGACAAUGGGGUGAGUGCUUUCCUCACCCGGAUGGUCUUGUCCGUGGACGUGGUAUACAAGGCUCCCAGCGAGUGUUU